AUGAUCUACUUAGACGCUGAAAAAGCGAGCAACGAAGGGGAAGAUGUGGUGGUGUUCUUGCGUCUGAUUGAUUUCAGCCCCUUUGCGACCACACAUAGUUCCCAUCAAAAAUUAUGUUGCCCUCACCGUCUCUUAUAUCAAAUAUCUGUUACACCUCCUUCAUCAAUUCAUCGGUUUUCUUCCCCAUCGGCUACGGUUCUACUGUAUCGAUGCUUUCUCGACGUUCCGGUUACUAACACUGGAGGUAGAAGAGGACGGUGGAUUGACGGUACCAUACCAAGCGCCUAUACAGUCCUCGACUCUUCUCAGCGAUAUUUGGUGUUCUUUCUGAUGGAUUACUUCAACAACCAGACUUGGAUUCUGACAAACAAGGCACUUGAAGCCAACGAUGGAAAGCCACUACCUUUAUAUCAAAAAUAUUUUUGCAGGCUGACAGCUGGUGCUAUCGCAGCCUGUGUAGGAAGCCUUGUUGAGCUGGCACUCAUAUAUGAAGGAGUUUUAGCUCUCUGGAAAGGUGUUGGUCCCACUGUGGUUAGGGUAAUGGCAUUGAACAUGGGCAUGCUUACUUCCUAUGAUCAAAGUGUUGAGUUCUUCAAAGACAAUCUUGGUUUUCUGAAGCAGCUACCAUUGUAG